AUGUUUAACAUGAAUCUACUUUCUACACCUUCUUCUGAAGAGGGUUCUCCACAGAAUAGGUCAUCUUCAAUGUCUUCUGUUGAGGGCAAGAAGGAUAGGGACACCUUUACUAAUUUGCAAAACGAAUUUGAUGGUAAAGUAUUUGGCGUCUCACUCGAGGAAUCACUGAAAGUUGCUCAAGAGGAAGUAAUUAUCCAAAAAAGUACAAAUGAAAUUGGUUCCAUACCGGUGGUAAUAGCAAAAAGUGGGAAAUACCUAAAAGAGAAUGCAUUAGACACAACAGGAAUUUUCCGUAUUGCGGGAAGCAAUAAACGUGUUAGAGAGCUACAAGCUGUUUUCUCUAAACCGCCCGAUUAUGGUCGUAAAUUUGAAGGAUGGUGUGAUUUCAAUGUUCAUGACAUUGCAACUUUAUUAAAAAGAUAUUUGAACUCAUUAAGUGAGCCUUUGGUUCCCCUAGCAUUAUACGACAUUUUUAGAAAUCCAAUAUUAGAAAACCCAAAAAUAAAUGAGCACAAAGAACAAAUCAUUAAGGACUACGAAGAUAUUUAUAUGCUCUUACCACAACAAAAUCGCCAUUUAAUACUUUAUUUAGCCGCGCUCUUGAAUUUAUUUGCAAGAAAUGAAAAGAAGAAUUUAAUGUCAGCAAGCAAUUUAGCGGCCAUCGUACAACCCUCACUUUUGUCUCAUCCCAAGGAUGAAAUGUGCCCGAAAGAGUAUGAGGCUUCCAGAACUGUCAUCGAAUUCCUCAUACUACACGCUUCAGAUAUAAUACCGAAUACGGAAAAAGCGAAUAAGGACACCAUGCCGCAUGCAGGAACAGUAGCAAAGUUUAACAACAUUACCGUUCCUGAAAUGGCUAUUGACUCCGAUGAAGAAGAUUUUGUGCACCCUUCAAUAGAUGACCAUAUGCUUCCAAGGUCACGUGCACUUUCUGACUCCAACAAUUUUACCAUACAUCAUCAUCAUCAUCAUCAUCAUGCACUGUUUCCUAGCCCAAUAGAUUUUGAUAACAAUGGGCUUUCUGUACCGAGAUCCUUUAAAGGUAGAACAUUGAGUGCAGAGUCCCUUUCUCCCAGACUUAGUAAAUUACUUGGGAACGUUGGAAACAGCAGCAAUACUGGCAUCAAAGACCCUACAGAAAGAGUUCCUAGAGGUGAACAUAAAACCAAACACAAACAACGACAGUCAUGGUUGAGAAGACUCACUAGCCCUUCUAGAACGCAGCCUUAG